GAUUUUUUGACUCAGCCUGGUGCAAGAAACAUAAAGUUACAAAGCCUUAAUGAAAACUAUUUUUUGGGUUAAUGCUAAGGUAGAUAAAAUAGACAAGCACGAGAUAAUAGGCAUGCCUAUCUUAUCACUAACUUAGCCUGGUAAAAAUGAGGUCUGAGUUUCAUUUUGAGCAGCCUUUUAACACAAGGUAUGUAAAAGUUGACAACCAACUGGCCCCCGAAGAAAAUCUAUAUGUUUUUCUGGCCCGGCACUUAAAAUAAUUAAGAUCCCCUGUUCUAAGGUAUUGUAGCUCUCUUUCUUCUGAGCAUUAAUGCCCAGGGCAUUAUUGUCAACGACAUAUUCAGUGCUUUUUGCUAUGAAUCUGAAAUUUCGCCUUAGCUCUCCCACUUUCCAACUUGCAUCUUUCUGAAGGCACAGUGGAAAGGGAAGUUGCUUGCAACCGGUAUAUCCAGAGCACUUUCUAAAGCCACUUUCCAAACUUAGAAUCAUUCGGUAAUAAUGACACUACAUUUUGUUUGCUGCGCUUAUCGGAGGAAGCAAGUGAUAUGAUUGUAAAUAGCCAAUGAAAUGCGGUCACUUAUUCAUGAGGUGCCGGUAAUAUUGGUGGCCGGUUGUGGAGAUACAUUCCUAUCAGGCCUGGACUGAAUUGAACACCAGCGACAGUUUGACCUGUGUUGACGGAAUAGAAAGCUGAUCGUGUAAAUAAAGAUGGAGGACAGCAAACAAACAAUAAAUCGUUAUACAUUGUAGCGUUUUAUUAUUUUUUUUAUAAAGACGAAGUAGUUUGCCAGUCGUGUUCGUAAGUUCCUAAAUUUCCCUGGAAAUUACAAAUAUUCUCCUAAUGCAAGAAACAAAAUAAAUGAGUUAAGAACAGCAUGACUUCUACAAUGGUGAUCAAGUUGUUAGUGAUUUUGCAUGUUAGUGCAAUUUCACUAACUAACGGCCUUUUAACGGAAUCAGCUUCGUUUAGCAACAGAUCAAAGAUCCAUAUAACUGUUGAUGUUGAUUCCAAAGAUGCUAAAAUUACCAAAGAUGUUUCACAUGGUAUGUCCAAAAACGAGAUAAAGAUUGAUGACAAAAACGACAAUGUUGACGACGAUGAUGCUGAUGACGAUGAUAAUGAUGAUAACGAGGUUGACAAUGAUGAUAAUGAGGUUGAGCAUGACAGAAAAAAGGAAGAAGGCCAUGAUAAACACAGUUUUAGAAAAGAUAACAAAAUUAAACCAAAACACAGAGAUGCUAAAAGCGUAACAUCAUGGUCAAUGAAACAUAAGAAAAAUAAUAAAAGCGAGACAAAGAUCAAAAGAAAGAGUAAAAAAGGAAAAAAGGCAUCAAAGAAAAAAAGUAAAACAGACAAGAAGAGGAAAAAAGACAAGCAAAAGAAGAAGAAAGACAAGAAGGGGAAGUCUAAAUCUGGAGCAAAGAAAGGAAAUAAGCAUAAAGAGCAGGAAAGAAAGAAGAAAGGCGGGAGAAGGAAAGGCAAGAAAAAGAAAGAAAAGUAUGUUCCAAAUCCAGAAGGAAGCCCAAAUCCACAUAAUCUGAAAAUACCUUUAACUUUUAUGAGAGAAGAUAUUCGUAAUGAAACGAAGGAAAACAAGACUAAUAAUGAACAGUCUAAUAACGUUUCAUUGGUUAACGGAGACGAGCCAAAAUCAGACGGCGUUGACACAAGUAAAAGUGGCGCCACUGCACCAGAAAACAGUCCUAAUUUUGCGAAUGACUCGGACAAGAAAGCAGCGAACAAGAUAAGGGAUCUUACAAAGCAAAUUGUGAUAGCAACAUUGAAGCAAGUUAAGGAAAUGUCUGGGAAUAAAACCAGUGUAAACGGCACCCAAGUGCAGAAUAAUCUUAAACCUACAAACCCAUUAUUAGAGAGAAUGGAAGGGUAGCUUUACUGGGAGUGUCAUUUUGCAAUAUUCUACACACCAAGCAAAUGGUGCAGUGCAUCUGUAGCAGCUGAAGAAAGGAAACAAGCAAAUAGCUGUAAUACAAAUGGCUCCUGGUAGUUAGCACGAAAGUUGGAUAGAAGGACAGAUGUAUGACGGACAGACCUGAAGAAACUGCGAUGAUUGUCGCUGAACUUAAUAUCAAUUACAAUCAGGCAAGAAUAAUGAAUAAUUCACUUAUUAAAGCUAAAGUUGCAUGUAUUUAAAACAAAUUUGGAAUAUGUCAAUUUUAUAAGGUUAUUGCACACUUAA